GCCUGCAACGGGGGGGGCGGAUAUUUUGUUGGUGGGGAGGGAGACGGAGGGGAGCCCCACUCUCCAGCUCGCUGUGUGACAGAAGGAAGCAGCCUCCUCUCCACUGGUGGGGAUGAAGGCACCAACUUGGAGAGGCAGCCCCAGUGGCUUGGUCUCUGGGGCUGGGAGGUUGACCCCCAUGGCUGUAUAGGAUCCUCCCACUACCACUAUGGAUCUGCUGGUGCUGAUGAACAUCAGUGCUGGCACCCCCAAUGGAUCCCUUGCCUUCCCCUCCUCUUCCUCCUUGCCCCUACAGCAGCCUCCCUCUCACUAUUCCCCUGGGGCUGUGGCCAGUUUGGCAGCCGUGGUGAGUUUCCUGAUCGUCUUCACCAUCGUGGGCAACAUGCUGGUGGUGAUCGCAGUGCUGACCAGCAAGGCGCUGCGAGCUCCACAGAACCUCUUCCUGGUGUCCCUGGCCAGCGCUGACAUCCUGGUGGCCACCUUGGUCAUGCCUUUCUCCUUGGCCAAUGAGAUCAUGGACUACUGGUACUUCGGCAAAGCAUGGUGCAACAUUUACCAGGCGCUGGAUGUGCUGUUCUGUACUUCCUCCAUUGUGCACCUGUGCGCCAUCAGUCUGGACAGGUAUUGGUCUGUCACCCAGGCGGUGGAGUACAACCUCAAACGGACUCCACGGAGGAUCAAGGGGAUCAUCUUCACUGUCUGGCUCAUCUCAGCCGUUAUUUCCUCCCCCCCCUUGAUCUCUGUGUACCGAGACUCCGAGGGGGACCUCUUCCCCCCGUGCAAACUCAAUGAUGAAACCUGGUACAUCCUCUCUUCCUGCAUUGGAUCCUUCUUCGCCCCCUGCCUGAUCAUGGUGCUGGUCUAUGUCCGCAUCUACCGAGUGGCCAAGCUGAGGACCAGGACUCUUUCUGAGAAGCGCACGGUGCCCGAGGGCUCUUCCCUGUCUGAGAAUGGGCUGAGCCGGGCCCAUCGGGGCUGCACGUCACUGAGGAUGCAGCCAGGGGAGAAUGGACAUUACUCGGUUCACCAGUGGCGCAAAGCCUCAGAGCUGGAGGACAUUGAGCUGGAGGAGAGCAGCACCUCAGAGAGCAGGCGGAAGCGGAGCCGGGAUGAUCACCCCCGCAAAAGCAGUAAGAGCCAGUCCUUCUCAUACUCCUACUCCUCCUCCAAGCGUUCCAGCAAUCGCUCCAGGGAUCUCUUCUCCUCUCACCGCCGCAGGAAGCAGAGCAGCGUCUGCCGUAAGAAGGUCACCCAGGCCCGGGAGAAACGCUUCACUUUUGUGCUGGCUGUGGUCAUGGGAGUCUUUGUAGUGUGCUGGUUCCCCUUCUUCUUCAGCUAUAGCCUCUAUGGCAUCUGCCGGAAGGCAUGUGAGGUCCCUGAGACUCUUUUCAAGUUCUUCUUCUGGAUCGGGUACUGCAAUAGUUCCCUCAACCCGGUCAUCUACACAAUCUUCAACCAGGACUUCCGCAGGUCUUUCAAACACAUCCUCUUCAAGAAGAAGAAGAAAAGAUUUCUGCACUGAGCUGGAGUGGAGAGGAGAGGGGCCCAAGUGCUGGAGUAGAGUAGUGAAGAAGUGGGGGAUGUGGGUAAGGGGGUGA